UCUGGGCCUCCAUCCAUCUGCAAAGCCACAGACUUCCAGCCCACAGGCCCCCAGCCCAGGGCCCUGCGCCCUCACCAUGGUGAAGUUGCUGCCUGCCCAGGAGGCAGCCAAGAUCUACCAUACCAACUAUGUGAGGAACUCGAGGGCCGUAGGUGUGAUGUGGGGCACGCUCACCAUCUGCUUCUCCGUGCUCGUCAUGGCCCUCUUCAUCCAGCCUUACUGGAUCGGCGACAGCGUCAACACACCCCAGGCAGGCUACUUUGGCCUUUUCUCCUACUGUGUGGGCAACGUGCUGUCCUCCGAGCUCAUCUGCAAGGGUGGCCCGCUGGACUUCUCCUCCAUCCCCUCCAGAGCCUUCAAGACUGCCAUGUUCUUCGUGGCCUUGGCCAUGUUCCUCAUCAUUGGCUCCAUCAUCUGCUUCAGCCUGUUCUUUGUCUGCAACACAGCCACUGUCUACAAGAUCUGCGCAUGGAUGCAGCUGGCUGCCGCCACAGGCCUGAUGAUUGGCUGCCUGGUGUACCCGGACGGGUGGGACUCAAGUGAGGUGCGGCGCAUGUGCGGGGAGCAGACAGGCAAGUACACCCUGGGCCGCUGCACCAUCCGCUGGGCCUUCAUGCUGGCCAUCCUCAGCAUCGGAGACGCCCUCAUUCUCUCCUUCUUGGCCUUCGUGCUGGGCUACCGGCAGGACAAGCUCCUCCCUGAUGACUACAAGGCGGAUGGCAAAGAGGAAGUCUGAAGCAGCUG